CUCGGCUGCGGGCUGUCCACGGAGCCGCUGGGAGGUUCGAGCUCUGUGCCGGGGGUGGGCUGGCGGGCCGGCGCGCGGGGGAGGCGGGAGCUGCGGGCGUGGGCACCGCGCACGCGUGGGGAGCGGCUCCCAGAUGCAGCGCGCCCGCAGGAGGGUGGCCUCGCGCCGCUCGCCGGCAGGUGUGCUGGGGCUGUCCCUGUCACGCGACCGAAGAGGCGGGGGGCGCGGGGUAGCGGGGGACGGGGGCCUGCAGGCCACACUUCCCUCAGGCUGGAGCCCGGAGCGCGGGGGUCGUGGCCAAAAAAGACGUGACCCUCGAAGGUCUGGCCUUGGGAGGCUCUAGAGGGGUGUUGACCAUCCCUGAAAUUAGGGAAAAUUGGGGAACUUAUUACCAUGGCAGUAAGGACUCUGGCGCCCCUGGGAGCUAAGGUCCCGAGGGAGAUGGAGGGAUUCAGGACUUCCAGGGGGAGCCCAGAUCCGAGCUUGAAACGAUGGAGUCACGGCAAAUGAAUACAGAGGUCUUUGGGUUCUGGUCCUGGCUGCACCCCACAUCGCAGUGAGCGCUCCUGCAAGCUCCUGCCUCUUUCUGGGCCCCCAGUUCCUGGCUCCUGUCCUGUGCACGGGCCUCGAGGGGCCUUCCAUGGUCCGAGGCCUCACCCCUCUGGUCUGCCGUAGGAUGGACCUCUCUGCUGCGGCCCCGCUGUGCGGCCUCCCGGGGCUGCUCUUGACCAUCGCCCUGCACCCGGCUGUCUCCCUGCGCCCUGCCCAGGCCUCGGCGCCCGCGCAUCAGGACUACUGCGUCCUGGGUGCCGGGCCCGCGGGCCUGCAGAUGGCCUACUUCCUGCAGCGGGCCGGCAGGGACUACACUGUGUUCGAACGCGCCCCGGGGCCGGGCAGCUUCUUCACGCGCUACCCCCGGCACCGCAAGCUCCUCAGCAUCAACAAGCGGUACACAGGCAAGGCCAACGCCGAGUUCAACCUGCGCCACGACUGGAACUCUCUGCUCAGCCACGACCCCCGUCUGCUCUUCAGACACUACUCCAACGCUUACUUCCCCGAUGCCGGCGACAUGGUGCGCUACCUGGGCGACUUUGCAGACCGGCUGGGGCUCCACGUGCUGUAUAACACCUCCAUUGGCCACGUCACUCUGAACAAGGAUCAGCGGGCCUGGAAUGGCCAUUACUUCAUCCUGACCGACCAGAAGGGCCAGGCAUACCAGUGUAGCGUCCUUCUUGUGGCCACUGGCUUGUCGGUCCCCAACCAGGUUGACUUCCCUGGCUCCGAAUACGUGGAUGGUUAUGAGUCCGUGUCCGUGGAUCCCAAGGACUUCGUGGGGCAGAAUGUGCUCAUCCUGGGCCGGGGGAACUCGGCCUUUGAGACGGCGGAGAACAUCUUGGGUGUCACCAACUUUAUCCACAUGCUGAGUCGCUCCCGGGUCCGGCUCUCCUGGGCCACCCACUACGUCGGAGACCUCAGGGCCAUCAACAAUGGCCUGCUGGACACCUACCAGCUGAAGUCCCUGGACGGGUUGCUCGAGUCUGACCUGACAGAUCUGGCCGUCGUGAAAGACCACGAGGGCAAGUUCCACGUCACCCUGAAGUUCUACCUGGAGGAAGGCAACCAGAGUGCCGACGCCAUCCCCCUCCCCCAGGACGAGAGUGACAACUUCGCCAUGCGCGUGGCCUACGACCGGGUCAUCCGCUGCCUCGGCUGGAACUUUGACUUUUCCAUUUUCAGCAAGUCCCUCCAGCUCUCCUCAGGGGGUGAGCUCAGCAGGAAGUACCCCCUGGUCAGAGCCAGCUAUGAGUCCAAAGGGAGCCGGGGCCUCUUUGUCCUGGGGACCGCCAGCCACUCGGUGGAUUACCGGAAAUCUGCUGGCGGCUUCAUCCAUGGAUUCCGAUACACAGUGCGUGCCGUCCACCGGCUGCUGGAGCGGCGCCACCAUGGCAUCGCCUGGCCCUCCACCAAGCACCCCAUCACACAGCUGGCCAGUGCCAUCAUUCGGCGCGUCAACGAGGCUUCUGGGCUCUACCAGAUGUUCAGCGUGCUGGCCGACGUGGUCCUGUUGAAGGAGAAGGCCGCAGCAUUUGAGUACCUGGAGGAGUUCCCCAUGCACAUGCUGGCCCAGCUGGAGACAAUCACGGGAAGGAGGGCACGGCAUGGGCUCUUCGUCGUCAACAUGGAGUACGGCCGGAAUUUCUCGGGGCCCGACAAGGACGUCUUCUUUUACGACCGCUCCGUGGGGCACACGGAAGACGCCUGGAUGUCUAACUUCCUCCAUCCCGUCAUCUACUACUACCGGCACCUCCCCACCGAGCAGGAGGUGAGGUUCCGCCCUGCAGGCUGGCCCCUGCCACGGCCUACAGCCAUCCACCACAUCGUGGAGGAUUUUCUGACGGACUGGACGGCCCCAGUGGGGCACAUUCUGCCCCUGAGGCGCUUCCUGGAGAACUGCUUGGACACCGAUCUGCGAAGCUUCUAUGCUGAGUCCUGUUUCCUGUUCACCCUGACACGACAGAAGCUGCCUCCCUUUUGCCAGCAGGGGUACCUGAGAACACAAGGACUCAUGGCAACCGAGAGCCUCCGGCAGCACGGCAUGGAGAGCGGGCUCCUGUGGGACUAUGCCGCUGUGGGCCGGCACCGGGGGAGCAGCGGCCAACAGCCUGGUGACCAUGGGCAAGGAGGGCACCCUCUGGCUCCAGGGCCUCCGGUCUCGCCCUUCAACAGCAAAAAGGAGGAGCUCUGAUGGCCAGGCUUCUCCCAGCCAGGCCCAUAGUCAGCCCGGCCCUUUCCCCACAGUUCCGUGCUCCCACCGACGUCAUUGCCAGAAACCCCUCAGAUCAUUGCAGUGACUGUACCAAAGCCACAUGGAGGGCACGUAAGAGCUGAAGGGCAGCCACACGGUUGUCUCCCCUCCUGUUCAAUUCAAGGGUGCCUGGGAAGUGGGGUCCAGGGAAGGCAUCUUCUGCUGGAUGGAAAGGAGCCACCUUCCACCCUGGACUUGUCUGCAAAUGAGCUGUCAUGGAGCAUCAGGCUGGCCUCAGUUUUUUCCCCAUCAAGUGCCAGGUGCUUCCUUUUCCUUCUGGUUGUUGACUUAAAAAACAUUCACAACCUAAAAGCUGAGAGUUGUGUUUUAUUCAGCAGGCAUUUUUAGGACUUCAAGCCAGGGAGGCAGCAUCUCAAGUAAUCCUGAGAGGACUGGUCUGAGGAGGUGAGUGAGGCCAGGUUAUAUAGACAUUUUGCAACAAAAGGCAGGCAGUCUGAACAUCAAAAGAUUACUAUUGGGACUUCCCUGGUGGCGCAGUGGUUAAGAAUCCGCCUGCCAACGCAGGGAACACAGGUUCAAUCCUUACUCCAGGAAGAUCCCACAUGUGAGCCACUACUGAGCCCACGUGCUGCAACUACUGAAGCCCACACGCCUAGAGCCCAUGCUCCACAACAAGAGAAGCCACCUCAAUGAGAAACCCAUGCACCACAAUGAAGAGUAGCCCCCGCUCGCCACAAGAGAAAGCGCAUGUGCAGCAACGAAGAUCCAAUGCAGCCAAAAAUAAAUAAAUAAUAAAUUAAAAAAAAAAACGAUUAUUGUUAAUUAAAGAAAACCAGAU